CUAAAUUACAAUGCCACAACUAUUAACCUUUAUUUCUUAAACCUAAUAAUAAAGAUACUCCUUCACCUCAGGCACAAAUGGCAAUUGUUCAAAAGUAAAGUCAAUUGUUUUACACACACGCACAAAAAAUAAAAAAAGUCAAUAGUUUUAAAUUUAAAUGCGUAGUUAAAUAUAAGUAUUCAAUAUAAACAAGUGAUUCAAAUAUAUUACGUAGUUGUUGGCGGCAAAUUCUGACUCUCAAAGCAGCAGUUUUUCACAACGAUGGAUUCGUCGGACUUGCACGGUUAUGCACGUGUACUCAAUUCCUUAAACACCCAAAACUCAGUUCCGCAAGGAAAACAACUCCACCUUCUUUUCCUCAAAAGGGGUGUCCUGUUUUCCACUCUCACCAUAGCCAACCGCCUCCUGCAAAUGUAUGCGAGGUGCGGAAUAAUGGACGACGCCCGAAACCUGUUCGAUGAAAUGCCUCACAGAAACUGCUUCACUUGGAACACCCUACUCGAGGGAUACGCUAAGUCGGGACGCAAAAAUGAUUCGUUGGACUUGUUUUACUCGAUGCCACAUAAGAACGAGUUUUCUUGGAACGUAAUUCUCUCGGGGUUGGCGAGAGCAGGGGAGUUGGAUGUUGCGCAGCAGCUGUUUGUUGAAAUGCCAAACAAGAACACAGUUGCGUGGAACACGAUGAUUCAUGGGUAUGCUAGACACGGGAAAUCGAGGAUGGCUUUGGUGUUGUUUAAGGAUUUUUUGAAGUGGGAGACUGUCGAAAGUGGUGGCAUUUUGAGAUGGGACCCGUUCGUUUUGGCGACUGUGAUUGGUGCUUGUUCGAAUUUUGGAGUUCUUUAUUUGGGGAAGCAAAUUCAUGCUCGAAUGAUAAUUGAUGAUGUGAAAUCCGAUUCCGUUUUGGGAAGUUCGCUCGUGAACAUGUACGGAAAGUGUGGUGAUUUGGAUAGUGCUGGCCAUCUUUUGAAUGCAAUGGACGUUCCGGAUGAUUACUCAUUGUCCUCAUUGAUUUCAGGCUAUGCGAAUUGCUGUAGAAUGGACGAUGCAAGAAGAAUAUUCGAACGUAAAUCUAACCCUUGUGUUGUGUUAUGGAAUACCAUGAUUUCAGGGUACGUUGCUAAUUCUGACGCAAAAGAGGCCUUAAUAUUUUUUCGUAGCAUGCACAAGCAAGGGGUUGUGGGAGAUUAUUCUACAUUUUCGAGUACUCUGAGUGCAUGCAGUAGUAUUGGUAUUGUUAAGAACUGCAUUCAAGUGCACGCACAGGCAAAUAAACGGGGAAUCAUUUACGACCUUGUUGUUGCGAGUGCCCUCGUUGAUGCAUAUGCUAAAUGCGGGAGUCAUAUCGAUGCUUGCAAUUUUUUCAGCGAGCUGAAAAUUUACGAUACUAUUUUGCUCAAUUCUAUGAUCACUAUUUACUGUAAUUGCGGUAGAAUUAUAGAAGCGAAACGUAUCUUCGACGAUAUGAAAUUGAAAAGUUUGAUCUCGUGGAAUUCGAUGAUGGUUGGUCUGAGUCAGAAUGGUUAUGCUGUGGAAGUAUUACAACUCUUUUGCACAAUGAACAACGACAACAACUUAAGCAUGGAUAAAUACAGCCUAGCUAGUGCAAUUACUGCAUGUGCUGGAAUCGCAUCACUCGAACUCGGCGAACAGAUUUUUGCUCGAGCUACUGUCAUUGGCGUAGAUUCCGACCAGGUCAUAGCAACUUCCCUUAUAGACUUCUACUGCAAGUGCGGUCUCGUAAGAAACGGUCAGAAAUUAUUUGACCAAAUGACGAAAUUCGACGAGGUUGUAUGGAAUUCAAUGUUGGUGGGCUACGCUACAAAUGGAUUUGGAAUCGAAGCAUUGUCUCUGUUUCAAGAAAUGAGAAGAGUGAAUGUCACACCUAAUGAAGUUACGUUUACUGCAGUUUUAUCGGCUUGCGAUCAUUGUGGGUUGGUAGAAGAAGGGAAGAAAUGGUUUUACGUGAUGAAAAACGAGUAUUGUAUCAACCCUGGUAUUGAACACUACUCUUGCAUGAUCGAUCUUUUUGCUAGAGCGGGUUGUCUGAAAGAAGCAAUUGAUCUUAUUGAUGAGAUUCCUUUUCAGUCCGAUGCAACUAUGUGGUCAGCGGUUUUGAGAGGUUGCAUCGAAAACGGAGAAAAGUCGCUUUCUUUGAAAGUUGCCAAAAGAAUUAUCGAGCUCGAUCCUCGAAAUUCCGGUGCUCUUGUACAGUUAUCGGGUGUAAUGGCGUCUACUGGAGAUUGGAAGGAAUCUGCAUUAGUGAGACAGUUUAUGAGAGAGACGAGAAUUCAAAAAAAUCCCGGAAGAAGCUGGUGCAAUAUCUGAGAACGAAAAUCUGGGAUUAUUUUCUAAUGGUAUUCGUUUUAUUUCCUGGAAGAUGUCGAACUGUGGGAC